GUCAAAGACGUAAAGAAAAAAGCAACAAUAAAAAAGUGUAUCAUUGAUAUUAUUAUUCGUAAUUGGAAUUGCCAAGAAAAAUGUCCGAGGAGGAAAAUGAUAAUUUAGAAGAGGCUCCACAACCACAAGUUUUUGAUGCGGAAGAUACAAUAAAAAUAUUACUUGCUACUGAUUGUCAUUUGGGCUAUGAACGAUCCACCAAAAGAGCUCAAGAGAAUGAUAGUCUCGUCACUUUCGAAGAGAUUUUACAACUAGCUGUAGAACACGAAGUCGAUUUUAUUUUACUCGGCGGCGAUCUUUUUCACGACACCAAACCACCUCAGGAUGUUGUAUCAAAAUGUAUCGAAUUACUACGAAAGUAUUGCUUGGGAACACGCGAUGUUAAAAUUCAAUUACUGACCGAUCCAGCUAUUAUUUUUCAACACUGUGAUCAAAAGACUGUGAAUUUCGAGGAUCCAAAUCUAAAUAUCAGCAUUCCUGUUUUCUCAAUUCAUGGAAACCAUGAUGAUCCAAGUUCGGGUGCGAUGGGAGCUUUAGAUCUGCUUUCUUCAACCGGUUUUGUUAACUAUUUUGGAAAAUGGACAGACCUAACUCAGGUGGAGAUACCACCCUUGAUUUUGAAAAAAGGAAACACUUAUAUUUCGCUCUACGGACUGAGUUACAUAAAUGACAAACGAUUGGCGAGGAUGAUUCGAGAUGGACAAUUUAAAAUGCUGCGUGCCACAGAAAUUCCUGAAAGUUUCAACAUGUUUGUCUUGCAUCAAAAUCGAACAUGCCACGGUUAUAUAAAUAAUCUCAAUUUCAUAAAGGAGGAAAAGUUGCCUGACUUUCUUAAUUUUAUUAUGUGGGGCCACGAACACGAAUGUAGAAUAACUCCAGAAUACUAUGAUGUUGCAGAUUAUUGGAUUUCACAACCAGGAAGCUCUGUAGCGACAUCAUUGAGUGAAGCCGAGGCAGUUACAAAGCACGUUGGAGUUUUAUCGGUUCACAAAACGAAUUUCAAAUUCAAGCCAAUAAAAUUACAAACUGUGCGGCCUUUUGUGCUCGGUAAUAUUAGUGUCAAGAAGGACAUGGAUGGUAUUACAACGAGGAUCAGAGAUAAGGAUACGUUGUCUAAAGCUAUUAUGAAAAAAGUCGAUCGAUACAUCGAAACGGAGUUGAUAAGAGAAGCUGUGGAUCUUUGCACAGGCCACCCAAAUCAACCAGUGCUGCCAUUGAUUCGGGUUAGGGUACACAUACUGAAUGAGGAUGAGCGUUUUGAAACAAUGAAGUUGGCUCAAAAAUAUUGCGAACAGGUGGCUAAUCCUAUGGACAUGGUAACAUUCAAUAGGGAAAGUAAAAAUAUGAUAAAAAUAGAUAAAUCUGAAGACGCCUUAGGUGAAUUAGCAAAGCUUUUUAGCUGUAGCGAUAUACACGAUGAAAUUGCGUGGAACAAAACAGUCCAAGAUGGAAUUCGUCAAUUCUUCGAAAUGGAGGAAAAUAAAGAUAAAUUGACUGUUCUUUCUGUUGUUGGAUUAAAUGGGGCUCUAGCUCUUUUUACUGAAGGGGGCCAUACUGACGCGUUCGAAAAUCUCCUCGAUUUUAGUUUCCAGAUAAAAAGAACUGUAGAACAUUUGGAAACUCAGGAAUUUGAUAUCCAAGAGGACAUUAACAUAAAGUCGAAAAUAAAAGAAUUCCAGCUGGAAAGAAUGCAGAUAGAAGCCAGCGAAGAACCAGAGGAAAUAGUGCAGUUGCGUCAAGCAACUCAGAGAAAGGAGAGAGAAAGAGCUGCUCAGCAGCAAAAUUCUGAUCCUGACGAGACCAACGGCUACGGUGAUGAUGAUGAUAUUGCUGCUAAACCUGCUGGCAGAGGUAGAGGCCGCGGAAGAGGAAGGGGAAGAGGAAAAGCUAAAAUUUCCGCUAUUGGCAAUGAAGAUGAUGAUGAGGAUGUUGAGGAAAUCCAACAGCCGGCAAACAGAGGUCGAGGCAGAGGAAGAGGUCGUGCUCAAACUACAGCUGCUUCCAAGAGAGGCCGAGGAAGAGCUGCAAAACAAAUAAACAGUACUCUUGAUGUCACUGUAACACCCUCCAAACCAGCCUCAAAAGCUCCUCCUACAGCUCAGGCUUUAUCAAAAUUUUUGCGAAUGGGCGCCAGUCAAAGUCAAGCGAAGGAUGAUGAAUUCGUAGAUUCGGAUUAAAUUUCUCUUGACGUUCCAUUUAAGAUUUAUCAAACGUAUCGUCGUGAGAUUUUUAAAAUACCUCUCGACUACCUAGUAUUAUAAGUUCAUCAUUGUGUUUUUUUCAUAUCAUAGGCUUGUAAAUAAGCUAUUUUUUUACCGAAA